AUGCUCAUGUGCUCAUCCCAGGGUAGCAAUGCUGUCACCAAGUGGCAGAAACUCCAAUUAUUCUACCAAGGCAUUCUGGAAAAUGGAGACAAAAGGACAGACAAUUGGCUGCUGGUCUACUCCCCUGUGCCAAUUACCUGUAUAUUCCUGUGCUACCUGAUCACUGUAUGGGCGGGGCCAAAGCUGAUGGCGAACAGGCGGCCCGUCAACCUCAAACCCGUCCUGGUUGUUUACAAUUUUGCCAUGGUCUGCCUGUCUGCCUACAUGUUCUACGAGUUCACAGCAUCAUCUUGGUUGGCCGGUUACAGUUUGUUGUGCCAGCCGGUCGACUACAGCAACAAUCCACUGGCUCUACGGAUGGCCAGAGUUUGCUGGUGGUUUUACUUCUCUAAAGUCAUAGAGCUCAGUGACACGAUAUUUUUCAUUCUGCGGAAGAAGAACAGUCAGCUGACAUUCCUCCACGUCUAUCACCAUGCGACCAUGAUCUUUAACUGGUGGGCCGGGGUUAAAUAUGUAGCCGGGGGUCAGUCUUUUCUGAUUGGUCUGAUCAACACCCUGGUCCACAUAGUCAUGUAUUUGUACUACGGGCUCGCCGCUCUAGGGCCACACAUGAAUAAGUAUCUGUGGUGGAAGCGAUACCUCACUUCUCUGCAGCUGCUGCAGUUUUUCAUCGUCACCACGCACACCGCCUACAACCUGCUUGUCGACUGCAACUUCCCCGACUCCAUGAACGCUGUCGUGUUGGCCUAUUCGCUCAGCCUCAUCGUUCUCUUCAGUAACUUUUACUGCCAAAGCUACCUCACAAAGAAGACCAAAAGCACUUAAGGGACACAAGGGAUGAAAAGAAUAAUCAAGUCAAAGAGAAAAGAAACUGUCUUAAACCAAGGAAACGUGCCAGAAGAGCCAACAGUCGGAUAUGGCCGAAGCUUGAGACGACACAGACUGGAUAUUGAUACAGAGUUCUGUAUUCUACGGUACCACUCUGAUGCUAUAUUUUGAAUAUGGUAAUCACUGGGCAAUCAUUGGAAGAGGCUUUCUAGUAAAAGUUCAAGUCUCACCAUUGAUCUUAAAAUUGCCCCAAAAAAUCCUUUGUUGGACACACACAGGUAAUAUUUUCAGGUGUUGUACCUUAAAUGACAUCUAAUGCUUGAUGUAUUUAAACAUAUGGUCAAUGUUUAAGUGAAACUACUCAGUAGUAUUUCUGACUUCUUUAUUGGCCCCCGUUGUUUAAACUGGCCUAUGCACUUGAUUGUGAUUGUGUGUUAAAUAUUGAUGCCAAGUCACAUUGAGGAUAAAUACUUUAUUUUGAGAAAAUACUAAAUAUAAUACUUUUCAAAUUCCUUUGAACCCUAUUAAACUAACUCAUUCUCAGAUUGAGGAACAAGAUUUUUGUCACUUUCUCUCUCAAAACACUUGCUAUAAUUAUCCAAGUUCAACCAACAGAUUCUCUUGGAACCAAUGCUACUGACACUAAAUUUGGUUCCUUUAAGGGGACAAAAGGGUUUUAAACAAAAGGUGAUUUGGAUGCAGCAAAGUCGGCUUUCCAGUCAAAAUCUCUGGAUAGACGUGUUUCUAGUUAUCAUUGGUUAUAAAAAGGCAAAUACUUUGUGCUGUACUUUGUAUUUUCCAUGGUAAGAGAAUUGUGUCGGUAAUAACUUUAUCCUGAUUAAAAAUAAAAAGUCUCCAUCUGUAUUUGCAUGCUGGACAGGCCAAAUUUGUGGGG